AUGUUUCAAGUCCGUCAAAACGAGAAUCGCCAGCCGCUCGGAACAAACAGGCUCCAGAACGGCAAGCUGGGCGGUGGACAAGCUCAGUGGGGUUCAAGUGCGUUCACCGGGCCAACUGGCGGCGCGCCAGGGCUACCGACCGCGCAACCACGAACCAACGGCGGACCCGCAUCGAGCUUUGCGCAAGCAAUGGGCAACUCACAGCCGCACACGCCGCUCAACCUUGAGGAGUUCCCGUCAUUGUCCGGCGCACCUCAGGCACAGCAAAACACCACCGCUCAGCAAAUGUGGGCGAAUCCCACCCUACGAACCACCCCGCACACGACCAUCCAACGACCGCAAGGGCAGACGUCACAGCAGGGACAGCAAGGUCAAGCGCCAAAUCAACAACUACAGAGUCAAAAUGAGGAAGACUCGCCACAAGGCCCAUUUGGUGGUGCUGGUGACGACUACCGAUUCGGUGGGCAGGGAGGGGUUGGACAGCUGUCUGGCGGUGUGCAACCACAGACAGGCAAUAUCGAAGAGUUCCCACCCCUAGGAAACAACGCUGCGGGAGAGAUUGGCCCUGAUCGACGAGCAGGUCUGAUUCAGAACGCAGCUGCAUUUGGGGCGGCUCCAGGCACGAGCGCUUUCCCAGGGCUGGGGCAAACACGGAACGGCUUGUCUAGUCCAACAGAGAGCCUAGGUAGCCGACCGUCGAACGUGACGGGUGGCGGCCUCGCAGGUGCAAUGCGAGCAGGAACCAACCAACAAGAGGGUGGUCAACGAACAGGACAAGCGCCGGGGAAUCUAUCUUUCCUUGGUUCCAGCAUGCGAAGUGGCGGCGAUACCACGCCAGUAGGGCAACGGCCUCAGCAGAGUCAAUUCGAAUCGGGCUUUGGCGGAGAUGGUGUGGGCUCGCCAAACGCUCAGCUACCGUUGCAUAAGAAACUUGCUGAGAUGACUGAUCAGGAGCGUUAUGGAUUGCCGGGGCUUUUGUCAAUGAUACCGCUCGAGAGCCCCGACUACUCAUCGCUGGCCAUGGGGCAAGAUCUGACAGUGCUAGGACUGGAUCUUAGCCGACCUGAUAACUCACCCUUACACCCAACAUUCGGCUCACCCUUCACAGAAUCAAACGUCAAGCCCGUAAUACCGCCGGACUUCACCCUCCCAGCGGCAUACACGGUCACGAACGUCCCGCCCCUACACUCGAAGAUGGCUAGCUUCUCUGCUGAGACUUUGCUAGCUAUAUUCUAUCAGCAUCCGCGCGAUAUAUUGCAGGAGAUCGCUGCAGCCGAGCUCUACAACAGGGAUUGGAGGUGGCAUAUCAAGCUACAACAGUGGAUGAUGAAAGAUCCUGAUCUACCAGCGCCCAUCCGUCUGUCACCAAAGGAGGAACGCGGGUGGUAUCUAUUCUUCGAUGUCACAAACUGGAGACGCGAGAGGAGGGAGUUCGAGCUCAACUAUGAUCAUUUAGAUCAGCGCCAUGGCAGUCCUGGCAUGACAGGGGCGAUGUAG